AGCACUCCAUCUACUUUGCUGGGUACACUUCUGUUUCUGUCAUUUCGCGGCCUGCAUGGUAAAAAAUGCCCACCAAAUACGAAGCCGUCCAUACCUCUCCUUCCGGUCCGGGGGACGGUCGACCCACCGCGCUCCAAAUCGUUCAAGAUGAGAAGAUGACGGGCAAGCUGAUCGGAAAGACAGUGCUGAUAACUGGCUGCUCCUCAGGCAUCGGGGUAGAAACCGCCCGUGCCUUAUACAGCACCGGCGCAACCCUGUACCUCACUGCACGCAACAUCGCCAAACUACGCAGAGCCCUCGCAGAUAUCGUAGGUAACCAUCAGCGAGUUCACCUGCUGCAACUGGACCUCGACUCGCUAGACUCUGUUCGAGCCUGUGCCACGGAAUUUCUGGCGGCUAGCUCGCGCCUCAAUGUCCUGAUUCAAAACGCCGGCGUCAUGGCAUGCCCCGAGGGCCGGACCAAGGACGGGUACGAGCUCCACUUCGGCAUCAACCACUUGGCGCAUUUCCUCUUGUUCUACCUGCUAAAGGAUACACUGCUGGCCUCCGCGACGCUGGAGUUUGCUUCGCGCGUGGUGAUUCUCUCGUCUUCUGCGCAUCGGCUCACGACUAAACUUAAUUUCAACAAUAACGUAUCUCUACUCCCAGACGAAGAGGCCUAUGACCCAUGGAAAGCAUACAGCGCAAGCAAGCUCGCAAAUAUUUUCACGGCAAACGAAAUUGAGCGGCGCUACGGCGCCGCCAGCGGGGAAAGAGGACUUCUCCACGCCUAUAGUGUUCAUCCGGGGUCGAUCGUGACAGAGCUGGCGCGCCAUGUCUCUGUCGAGCAGCAGGCAGCGUGGGACCGGAACGAGACAGUGGCAAAGCUACGCAAGAAUGCGGAGCAAGGGGCAGCAACGACUGUUUGGGCGGCCAUAGCGCCGGAAUUAGAAGGUCGGGGAGGAGAGUAUCUGGAAAAUUGUGCUGUUGCUGGCCCGUGUGGCCCAGGGGCAGACAAGUAUGCGCCAGGGUAUGCGAUUUGGGCGCGAAAUAGUAGCGCAGAAGCGAGACUCUGGGCGAAGUCAGUGGAGCUGCUUGAUUUGGAAUGAGUAGUAGCUAGGUAUUUAGAUAAAUAAAUACAAGUGAU